AUGUUUUAUGAUACAAGAUUGGUCACAGAUGAUACAAGAGUGGUCACAGAUGACACAAGAGUGGUAACAGAUGAUACAAGAUUGGUCACAGAUGAUACAAGAUUGGUCACAGAUGAUACAAGAUUGGUCACAGAUGAUACAAGAUUGGUCACAGAUGAUACAAGAGUGGUCACAGAUGAAACAAGAUUGGUCACAGAUGAUACAAGAUUGGUCACAGAUGAUACAAGAUCGGUCACAGAUGAUACAAGAGUGGUCACAGAUGAAACAAGAUUGGUCACAGAUGAUACAAGAUUGGUCACAGAUGAUACAAGAUCGGUCACAGAUGAUACAAGAGUGGUCACAGAUGAAACAAGAUUGGUCACAGAUGAUACAAGAGUGGUAACAGAUAAUACAAGAUUGGUCACAGAUGAUACAAGAUUGGUCACAGAUGAUACAAGAUUGGUCACAGAUGAUACAAGAUUGGUCACAGAUGAUACAAGAUUGGUCACAGAUGAUACAAGAUUGGUCACAGAUGAUACAAGAGUGGUCACAAAUGAUACAAGAGUGGUCACAGAUGAUACAAUAGUGGUCACAGAUGAUUCAAUAGUGGUCACAGAUGAUACAGGAGUGGUCACAGAUGAUACAAGAGUGGUCACAGAUGAUACAAGAAACAAACAGCAGUAG